AUGGAGUCCUUCUCGCUCGCGGCGCAGCACUCCGGCGCCAUCAAACACCUCCACGCCAUCCACGUCGACGCGUCGGCCGUCGCCGUGGCGCGCGAGCUGCGGCUGGCCGUGACGGUCGUGGUGGUGGGCUGGGUCGCCGUGACGGGGCUGCGGGCGGUGCUGGGGGCGAGGUAUGGACGGGCGGCUGGGUCGGCUUGA